AUUAAGGUCAAAACCCUUGUGAGAUGGCUUCUGCAGAAAAACCCUGCAUUCCUUAGGGAAAUAAGAGAGCAGAUGUGGCCAUGCACUUUGGGGGGCAGCAUUGGCAAGAAUAGAAAAAGAGAGGAGGGAGGUGAGCAAGAAAUGCUUACUUGAGAAAAGAAGCCGUGGAUGCCAGGAAAUAGAGGAAGGAAGUCUCCAGUGAGAGGGGAUUUGGGAAGAGCCGGCUGAACAGAGAAUUUGUUCUGGGACAGGGAAAACAUUGAACAGUUUCAUUAGAGGGAAGGGAAGCAGGCGAAGAAAUGGAAGGCUGGACCCUGAAGAGUCAGAAAGCCAUGGAGGCAGCAUUGAAAAGACUGUCAGGAAUUGGAGCAAGCUUGGAAGGAGACCUGGAAGGCUGCAGGUGUAAGGAGAAGGCUAGAGCUGCUCAAGGCGUCUCCUCCAAGAAGCAGCCCGCCGAGCGCUGUGCAAGUUGCAUUCAUGUCCAUGAGAGGAGGGACAGUGCCUGGGAGCACUUGAUGGCUUCGGAGGAGCAGCAUUGGCCUGUGCCAAUGAAGGCCAUUGGAGCUCAGAACCUCUUGACAAUGCCUGGGGGAGUGGUCAAAUCCGGAUACCUUCACAAGAAAGGUGGCACCCAGCUGCAGUUGCUAAAAUGGCCACUGCGGUUUGUGAUUAUCCACAAGAGAUGUAUUUAUUACUUUAAGAGUAGCACAUCAGCAUCUCCGCAGGGGGCCUUCUCUCUGAGUGGCUACAAUCGGGUAAUGCGUGCUGCUGAAGAAACAACAUCAAACAACGUCUUUCCCUUCAAGAUAGUUCACAUCAGCAAGAAGCACCGAACCUGGUUCUUUUCCGCCUCUUCUGAAGAUGAAAGAAAGAGUUGGAUGGCCCUGCUAAGGAAAGAAAUAGGCCACUACCAUGAGAAGAAAGAGCCUUCAUUGGAUUUCAGCGACUCUAGUUCUGACACGGAUAGCUUCUAUGGCUCUGUGGAACGUCCCAUUGAUAUCAGUCUGUCCCCAUAUCCCACUGAUAACGAAGACUAUGAACACGAUGAUGAAGAUGACUCCUACAUGGAGCCCGAUACCCCAGACUCGGUGAAAAUUGAAGAUAUCAUGAUUCACCCACCAACUUACCCUCCACCUCCUAUUCCCACUGUAAGAAAGCCGACCUACUCCGAAACACAGCGAUCUCACUCCUUUUCCAGCAAGAGCUCUGCACCUCUCCAUCCUCCCCCACCUCCCAAAAGAGGGCUGCCGGAAAUCAAUCCUGAGGAUCUGAAGAGAGAAGUGAUCUCUUCUUGGAGGCCAGAGCCUAAUCUGAAAGCACCUUCUCCCAGUAGGAGACAGAGCGACCCGCCCCUGGGAAAUCUACCUCCUAUGCCCAACUUCAGAAAACCAGCUUCUCCAGAGGUUGUAUCUGUCAGUCACCUUCUGAAUACCUCCAAAAGCUGUGAUAAGUUAAAAUCCAUCCACCUGUCUCCUCGAGGACCACUUCAAGGAUCACCUCUGACUGAACCCCCUCCAAUCCCAGUCAAUAAACCCAAACUGAUAAAGGUGGGAGAGUUACAGCCUAUAAGAGAAGCUAUCAAACCUGGACUCUUUGUCCCCCCUGUGACACCCAAACCACCAGCCUUGGCACCUAAACACCCCGCGCCUGAACUGAAGCCACCCAGAACUGAAAAACCGCCACUUCCCCAACUACAGAGAUCCCCACCAGAUGGGCAGAGUUUCAGAAGCUUUUCCUUUGAGAAACCUUCAGUCUCAGCUAAGUUUGAUACCAGCUGUGAGGAUUCAGAUGAAGACUAUGAAAAGGUGCCGCUACCUAACUCCAUCUUUGUCAACACCACUGAAUCCUAUGAAGUAGAAAAUUUAUUUAAAGCCACUGAUCCUCGGGGACAGCCACAAGAUGGAUUGUACUGUAUUAGGAAUUCUUCGAAGACAGGAAAGGUUUUAGUUGUGUGGGAUGAAUCCUUUAACAAAGUGAGAAACUACCGGAUCUUUGAAAAGGACUCCAGAUUUUACCUUGAGGGAGAGCUGUUGUUUGUGAGCAUUGGAAGCCUGGUCGAGCACUAUUACACCCAUGUCCUGCCUGGGCACAAGACUCUUCUUCUUCAGCAUCCCUAUGGCUACUCAGGACCCAGGUGACACCUGCCUGACCUAGUAAUUUGGUGCAAAAAUUGAACCUUGAGACAGAAGAAGGAAAGAAAGACUUGGAUGGUUGGUCUGGACUUCCAUUGACAACUGCCCACCCAACCUGGGUCUGGGUCCUUGAUUUCAUCUCUCCUGCAUGUUAUUCUGAACCUGUGUUAUAGCUCAACUGUGCGUUCCUCCCAGAGGCAGGUAGAUUUGGUUCACUCUCCACCACUCUCCAUUGACUCUUCCCCUCCCCCAAGAGGGAAUGCGUUCAUCAUAAAUAAGCACACCAACCCCAUUUACCAAGCAGUUCUUAAAGGACUUUUACAUGAUGGCCAAACUGGAGAGACCAAUGAAAUUGGGAAAGGUCACUAUGGAAAUGGACAGAAAUAGUUUUUAUGGAUCAGGGCACAAGAUACUGUGUCUCAAAGAGUUGCUUAGUCAGCUUGACAAGUCUUAGAAUUAAAGUUACAGAGCUAAUGACUUCAGGCAGCCAGGUGGUGCUGUGGCUAGAAUAUGGUGCCUGAGUUCAGAUCUAGCCUCAGACACUUACCAGCUGUGUGACCUUGGGCAAGUCACUUAACCAUUUUGCCUCAGUUUCCUCAUCUGUA